GCCUUUAUAGAAGAUAAGCCAUCUUUCUUCUGCGGGGUAGUAAGCACUAAAACGCGCCGCACUUUUCGGAAUGAAGUCCGAGCCGGUGAGCUUCUAGGGUUCUCAAAUUCCCGUUUGCCGGUAAGAGCUUGAAGGAUAGAUAAAUAGCCUCCCUUCUUGUUGUUCAGUUCACCACCAUCUUCCCUGCUUUUUGAUGGAUGUCAAAAUGAAAAUCUAUCAAUCUUCAACGCCUAUGCCACAAGUGCCAAAUAAAGGCAUUUAUGAUCUGUUAUUCGCAGAUACAUCUUUUGAUGAUGGUCAAAUUGUAUUUAAAGAAUGCUUUGGUGAUCACAAGGAGAUCAGUCGAGGCCAACUCAAACUGCAAUUGCACAGGUUCGGAUUAGGCUUGCAACAAAAGAAAGGAUUAAAGAAAGGCGAUGUCGUAUUGGCAAUCUUGCCAAACAUGAUUGGUUUCCCGAUAGCUGUGUUCGGAUGUGUAUUUGCAGGAUUGAUUGUCGCAUUUGCAAAUCCUGCUUACUCGGAAAAGGAGCUUAAACAUAUCGCCAACCUCGUGGAACCAAAAGCAAUCGCUACCGUCAAGCCACUUUUGAAACAAAUAACAAAUGCAGGAUUAUCGAUAGAAAGCUGCAUCAUUAUGGAUCAGCCAUACGGACAGGGUAGUACAUUCGUAGAUGAUCUGCUUGCUUCUGAAUCCGAUGCAAGAAAAGCAAAAGCUGUUACAGUCAAUGACCUGAACGAGACAGCUUAUUUGCCUUGCAGUUCAGGAACGACUGGGCUACCAAAAGCAGUUAUGAUCUCACAUCGAAACAUGGUCAGCAUGUUGGUCACUCUAGUGAGCAUUCCACAUUUCUACGAUAAGCCCUGGCGAGCGGUUGCAGUUGCGCCUUUCUUCCAUGCAAUGGCACUUGCCAAUGCCGUUCACCUUCCACUUUUCAAAAAAGGUUCAUACGUUGCAAUCAUGCAAAGGUUUGAUGCGGGAGAAUUUUGUGAUGUUGUGAAAAAUGAAAAGAUUGAUUUCGCAAACCUUGCACCACCUGCUUUACGUGUUCUAAUGGCCCAUCCAAAAGUCAAACAAUUGAAUCGAAUCGAACUUAUGUGCGUUGGUGCAGCACCUUUGGAUGCUGAAUUACAACAAAGAGCGAUGGACGUCUUUGGUUGUGAAAUCGCUCAAGGUCAUGGAAUGACUGAAACAACGGUAGGAACGUUGGGCAUGCAAAAAAAGCGAAAGUUAGGAUCAUGUGGACCUCCAAUGCCCGGAUUAGAGUUACGCGUGGUAGACGAUGAUGGCAAUGAUGUCAAACAAGGCGAAAGAGGUGAAUUGUUGGUAAGAGCGGGUAACAUAUUCAGAGGAUAUUGGAAGAACGAAGCGGCAACAAAAGAAACCUUUACCGAUGAUGGUCAAUGGCUCAAGACUGGGGAUAUUGCCGUUGUCCAUGAUACGGGUGACUUCUCCAUCGUGGACCGCAAGAAAGAGUUGAUCAAAUACAAGGGAUACCAAGUCGCACCUGCAGAAUUGGAAGGAUUGUUAUUACAACACCCAAAAGUGGCGGCAGCUGCAGUGAUUGGAAUUUACGACAAAGAAUUGGUGACCGAAUUACCUCGGGCAUACAUUCAGCUAAAACCCGACCACAAGCAAGAAGGUCAAUCAAAUGUCGAGCAGCUAGCCAAAGAUCUUACCGAAUUUAUCGCCAAACAGACUUCCUCCCAUAAACGAUUACGAGGAGGUGUACGGAUUUUAGAGCAAGUUCCAGUCAAUCCAAGCGGGAAGAUCUUGAGAAAAGAAAUUCGUGCUUUAGCUGCUAAAGAGGAAAAUGAGAAAUCGCCAUUACAGGCUAAAUUGUAG